GGAACCGUUUCCAAGUAAUCUAUGCUGCUCGAACGAGUGAAGCUUCAUGCCCGACCUCAAGCACAGCCCACGCGAGGUGCAGACAGUCCGUGGUCCAGCGUUGAACUCGUGGUGCUCAGGUAGAAUUAUUUGACGAAGCCGUCACGGCGUCGCCUUAGAUUCGGAUAGAAGAGAACAACAGAGACUGUCACAUCACCGGCACGAUGCCACUGCACACCACGCAGUCCACGCAGCUUGGACAACUCGCGGGUCCGACAACGGAUCCCAAGUUCCUCGUCUUCUUUGCUUCUGGCCAGCCCUCGUGGUGUCCAGACUGUCGCGACUCGCUUCCGGCGGUACAAAACGUCUUUGGGACCGACCCAUCCACCGUGGGAAAGGGGGGUGAUGUGGAUGGAUAUAUGAUUUUCGUAGGGGACAGGCCAACCUGGAAAGACCCGGAGAAUUACUUUCGAAAAUCGUACGGCAUUAAGUGUGUUCCGACGAUAGUCAAGUUUUCCAAGGGCAAAAUGGUCGCACGGCUGGAGGACGUCCCGGACUGUGCCGACGAAAGCAAGGUGCUUGCGUUCACGAGAGCUUCGUGACGAUUUUUCAUCGCGCACAGCUCUUACGCGGCUAAAUUAUAUACCAACGCCGACGAGUUAAUGCACAAGGAAAUUCAAGUGACCUCUCACACUACUUGGCAACAUCGGCCCAGGCGCGCACCCUUCGCGGCUAGCGUCUGGAGUCGAUCUAUGUUACAUGAUGCUAUCCAACUUGUGUAUCGUCGUAAGGCCGUGAAAUCCUGAUCCUCAAAAGUCAAUGCUUCAUGACAUUUCAGCAGA